CUCGCCCCGCAGCUCUUGAGUUUUGUUCUUGACCCUUUGACACGAACCAACCGAUAUAAAAAUGGCCCUGAACAUGCGUGUUUCCUCUUCCAAGGUCGCUGCCAAGCAGCAGGGCCGCAUCUCCGCGGUGCCGGUUGUGUCGAGCAAGGUGGCCUCCUCCGCCCGCGUGGCCCCCUUCCAGGGCGCUCCCGUGGCCGCGCAGCGCGCUGCUCUGCUGGUGCGCGCCGCUGCCGCUACUGAGGUCAAGGCUGCUGAGGGCCGCACUGAGAAGGAGCUGGGCCAGGCCCGCCCCAUCUUCCCCUUCACCGCCAUCGUGGGCCAGGAUGAGAUGAAGCUGGCGCUGAUUCUGAACGUGAUCGACCCCAAGAUCGGUGGUGUCAUGAUCAUGGGCGACCGUGGCACUGGCAAGUCCACCACCAUUCGUGCCCUGGCGGAUCUGCUGCCCGAGAUGCAGGUGGUUGCCAACGACCCCUUUAACUCGGACCCCACCGACCCCGAGCUGAUGAGCGAGGAGGUGCGCAACCGCGUCAAGGCCGGCGAGCAGCUGCCCGUGUCUUCCAAGAAGAUUCCCAUGGUGGACCUGCCCCUGGGCGCCACUGAGGACCGCGUGUGCGGCACCAUCGACAUCGAGAAGGCGCUGACCGAGGGUGUCAAGGCGUUCGAGCCCGGCCUGCUGGCCAAGGCCAACCGCGGCAUCCUGUACGUGGAUGAGGUCAACCUGCUGGACGACCACCUGGUCGAUGUGCUGCUGGACUCGGCCGCCUCCGGCUGGAACACCGUGGAGCGCGAGGGUAUCUCCAUCAGCCACCCCGCCCGCUUCAUCCUGGUCGGCUCGGGCAACCCCGAGGAGGGUGAGCUGCGCCCCCAGCUGCUGGAUCGCUUCGGCAUGCACGCCCAGAUCGGCACCGUCAAGGACCCCCGCCUGCGUGUGCAGAUCGUGUCGCAGCGCUCGACCUUCGACGAGAACCCCGCCGCCUUCCGCAAGGACUACGAGGCCGGCCAGAUGGCGCUGACCCAGCGCAUCGUGGACGCGCGCAAGCUGCUGAAGCAGGGCGAGGUCAACUACGACUUCCGCGUCAAGAUCAGCCAGAUCUGCUCGGACCUGAACGUGGACGGCAUCCGCGGCGACAUCGUGACCAACCGCGCCGCCAAGGCCCUGGCCGCCUUCGAGGGCCGCACCGAGGUGACCCCCGAGGACAUCUACCGUGUCAUUCCCCUGUGCCUGCGCCACCGCCUCCGGAAAGACCCCCUGGCUGAGAUCGACGACGGUGACCGCGUGCGUGAGAUCUUCAAGCAGGUGUUCGGCAUGGAGUAAGCGGCAGGCCUUCAUGGUCGUCGUUGGAGCAUUUGCGGAAAGGCUGAUGGCAGCAGAUGCAGCCAUGUCAGUUGUGGCUGAAGUUGUUGGCUGGGGCGGGAGCGGGCAGCAGCUGCUGCGAGCGGCCGAAGCAGCGGUGCUGCUUUGCGUAUGAGAGGAAGACCAGUGCCCUCGAGGAGGCGAGUGCCUGUGUGAGUGUCAGGACGUGUGACUUCGGAAACUGAGGGCGGUGAGUAGAUGUGACUGGGGCUUGCAGGAAGCCUACUGACCCUAUCAGAAAAGGUGAGCAGGGGUAUAUGGUCUAGGAGCGUUGCCGGAGCGUGGCUGGCCAGUGCUAGCCGCGCGGGCUCUGUUGCUCGCUGGCGCGCCGCCGCCUUCACAACAGAUGCCGUAGAAAUGCAGCGAUGUGACGAGGCGUGGCCUAUUCUGCAAUGUGUGAGGCGCCAAUGGCGCCACUGACAAAUGGAGGAGUGGUCAAAGCUUGGGUACGUUUUGAGAGCUGCAUCGGGCAGCGAGGAUCAGUGUGCGGUAAGACCGACGGCAGACGGAUUGGCAAGGGAAUAGGAGGGACGUGGGCGUGGGCGCCCGCGCUUUGUCGAGGCCGCAUGAGCCGGCCGCUUCUAGACCCGUAGCCCAUUUUGAACAAGCGCCCACGCGUGCUCCCGAUGGGGGACAUCGAUCACGGGAAUUGAUUAAGGGGCAUGUGUGGUGUGCAAGUGAGUGACUGGUGGUUCCGUCCCUGUGAGGUUGUUUCGUUGGACGUGGCUGCCGGGUUGCGCGCGGGCUAAGCGGGCCUGAGGCAGAGCGCUGGCGUGUAGCCGCGAGUAUCGAUCUGUAACGUGCAUCGCGCUU